CGCGAGUUUCCUGAGCUCUGCUGUGUCUGCCUCGUCGGAUGCGAGAGAUAGGUUUGUUUUCCUUUCGUCUAGAUUUGGGUAGCCUCUGUUCUGGUUCCUGAGUCGGCUUUGGAAGCAGUAAUCCAUGGAGGAGGUUCUCAAAUCGAGGAAGGAAGACGAGAGGAAGAAGAAUGGUCUUUCUUUGCUUUUGAGCGUCAAGGCUUACCUCGACCCUAAUUAUUGGUGAGGGAUCUGCGUGUCAUUUUCAUGAAAUUCAAGGAGUAUCCCUGUGCUCUCUGAUUGGUUUAAAAAUUCGUCUUUCUGAUUUCCUUCUCUUUUCCCUGUCUCAGCGAAUUCAAGAACGAUACUUUUCGCUUGUCCUUUCAUCCUCUAAAUCGUAGUUUUAUUGUUGGUUCAUCGCGAUACGUAAGGUUUUUCCUGGGAAAAUUGCAUUGACUAAUGGCAAUAUGGCUGCUUUUAUUUUGGUGGCUUUCGUGGCGAUGGAAACUCUGGGGGUCUUUUGAUGUGUAAUUAUGAGGAACAGGAAUGCUUUCCAGCAGUCUGGAGUUGUGUUUGAGCGUGGGUUUCUUGGGUCGUGCUGUUAUGCAGCUUCUGACACUUAAUUAUGCAUUUGAUGAGGAAGGAAGCAGAAGCUCCUUCGAUAUAUUAGUUCUUGAGUUAGGCUGUGGGAGUUCUCAAUUGUGUGAAAAUUUGUACAAGGAUGGGAUCACAAACAUUACUUGCAUAGACCUCUCUUCUGUGGCUGUAGAAAAGAUGCAGAAGCGGUUAAGGGAAAUGAGAUAUAAUGGCAUCCAGGUUCUUGAAGCUGACAUGCUACAUUUGCCAUUUAGUACGGAGUCUUUUGAUGUUGUUAUUGACAAAGGUACCAUGGAUGUACUUUUCGUGGACAGUGGUGGUCCAUGGAAUCCAUCUCCUUCAACUGUUGACAAGGUGAUAGCCAUGCUUAAAUGUGUUCACAGACUUUUGAGACAGGAUGACACCUACAUUUCAAUUUCUUUUGGUCAGCCUCAUUUCAGACGGCCUUUAUUUGAGAUGGAAGAGUUCACUUGGUCUAUUGAAUGGGAAGCAUUUGGUGAUGGCUUCCACUAUUUCUUCUACACAUUGAAAAAGGAAUGUGUUACAAUCUGCAAUUGAUUGUGUAUGCACAGCUGGUGCCAGUGAAUGAAGAAACCGGUAAAGCAUUUUCGAGUGGAGAGAGAUAUAUGCAUCUGAACCCUCUCGGGUAGAGAGAGAGGAAGGGAGAGAGGGAUCGAAAACACUAAUGUACAGGGUUUCGAAUGGUUGAAACCCUCUACUAUCGAGGGUUUCGGUCAGUCGACUGAAACCCUCCAUGGCAUAGGGUUUCCGCCGAGGGUUAGAGGAGGAGAAGGAACUGAGAGAGAGUGUGUAUGUCAAAAAACAUCGGUCGACAUUGGCCGACGAACGCUGACGUUCGACGAAUGUCGACGACCACGGCAGCAGACGACAGACUUUUUUUUUUUUUUUUUUUUU